CACAUGCGUUUUGCAUUCCCUGUCGAAGAGCGUUCUGCUGCUGGGAGGGCUGCGAUGGAGUCGACUGUCGAGGAAUUGAUGCCCUGCCUUUUGCCUGUGGAGGACUGUGACAUCCCGGAGGAUUUCGACCCUACCGUGCCCCCCAGGACACCCCAAGAGUAUUUAAAGCGGGUUCAGAUUGAAGCUGCAAAAUGCCCAGAUGUUGUUGUGGCCCAGAUAGACCCCAGAAAACUGAAAAAGAAACAGACAGUGAAUAUUUCACUCUCGGGAUGCCUCCCUGCCCCUGAAGGAUAUUCACCAACUCUGAGAUGGCAGCAACAACAAGUGUCUCACUUUUCUGCUGUUCGCCAGAGUGUGAACAAACACAGGGACCACUGGAAGUCCCAGCAUUUGGACAGUAACGUUACAAUGCCCAAAUCAGAUGACGAAGAAGGCUGGAAAAAAUUUUGUCUGGGUGAAAAGUUGUAUUUAAAUACAGGUGUUCAAGUAUCCAAUGAUGAAAAUCAAGGAAUUGAUUAUGUACAGGUUGGCUUUCCUCCACUCCUGAGCAUUGUUAGCAGAAUGAACCAGGCAACAGUAACCAGUGUCUUGGAAUAUCUGAUAAACUGGUUUUCGGAGAAGGAAUUUACUUCAGAACUGGGCAGAUGGCUUUAUGCUCUGCUGGCCUGUCUUGAAAAACCAUUGUUACCAGAGGCUCACUCCCUAAUUCGGCAACUGGCAAGAAGAUGCUCUGAAGUAAGAGUUUUGGAGGAGAACAAGAAUGAAAAUAGAGUAUCAGCUCUGAACCUGUUAAUUUGUUUAGUUGGCAGGUACUUUGACCAGUAUGACCUAGCUGAUGAGCCAUCUUGAUAAAAGUCUGGAGAGAAAAGAAGCAUGGACUAUCCUAAUAGUUUUGAUGGAAUGCUAUGCCAAUAUAAUCAACCAGCUCUUCUGUGACUUAAGGGUGAAGAACUCCAGCUGUGCCCUACCUUUCAACUUGACCUUGUUAGAUUAUAUGACAAGUAGUUUAAAAUGAUUUUUGCAACAGUUGUUGAUUUUAGCAACAGACUUAGCUUGAAAGAGGUCAACAACAGAGUGCCUAAACACUUUCUUGUAGACUCUUUUGCCAGCAAGCAGUUUGUGAGAACUGUAUCCAGACUGAAAGCAUCUAGGUUAAACUGUGGAAGAAAACUAAUGAGCUUGUUUUUUUUUAAACACAGGUUUUUAAAGAAUCAGAUCUGUACAGAUUCCUCCCCCUCCCCCUAUCAGUUAAAGCAAAAUUGUAUAGGGCCAUUUUAAUAUUUACAAUAAAGGGGUUUUUUUAA